GUGGAGUACUAUUUCAGUGAUAUAAACCUGGCCACUACGGAACAUCUGAUGAGAUUUAUUAGCAAGGAUCCUCAGGGAUAUGUGCCAAUAUCAGUUAUUGCUGGCUUCAAGAAAAUAAAAGCUUUAGUGCAUAAUAACCCAAUGCUUGCUGCAGCUCUUCGUACCUCGUCAAAACUUGUUGUUAGUGGUGAUGGAAAAAGAGUAAAACGCCGACAUCCAUUUACUGAAUCUGAUAUGCAGGAGUUCCAGUCCCGAAUUGUAGUGGCAGAAAAUCUUCCUGGUGAUCCUUCUUACCAAAAUCUUAUGAAGAUCUUUUCAGCUGUUGGCAGUGUGAGAACAAUUCGUACUUGCUAUCCUCAGACUCCAAAUGGUCCUGGUCCUGCUACUAAUAGAUCUGCCAAGCUAGAUAUGCUGUUUGCCAACAAGCUGCAUGCUUUCGUGGAGUAUGAGACUCAUGAGGAUGCUGAGAAGGCAAUUCUGGAGCUGAAUGAUGAAAGGAACUGGAGAAAUGGGCUUAGAUCACGGCUGCUGAAUACUUGCAUGACAAAGGGUCCAGUAAAAGGGAAAACGGGAGGGCAUGAAGGUGAUGGAAAUGGUGAGGAAGACGUCUCCACUUCAAACCAAUCAAAUGAGAGACAGCUUGAAGGAUCCUUUCAACUGUCAGAUGUAUUGCCAGAGCACCUGUUUGAUGAGAACAACAGUGACAAGCAAGGUCCAAAGCGUGGCAAAGGUCGUGGGCGUUGCGGUAAAGGCCGAGGCCGUGGCUACAAUCAACUGAACAACAAUCAUCAUCACAUUCACAAUGCCAGCAACCAUCACCAGGUUAUCAACAGUCGUGGCAGCCAUCCAGUCGGGAUACCACCGAACACCCAGCUUAUCAUGGUCGAGCAGCUACUACCUGUGGCAAACAAACAGCCUCCUGGCCCACGUAUGCCUGAUGGCACUCGUGGUUUCGCCAUGGGCAGGGGGAAGCCAUCAUCAGCUUCUUGCACUGUCGAGCUUUAAACCCAUUGCUAUGCUCUCAUGUUGAUAUAGAUGGUUUCGAACCUAACCUGUUUCUUGCAUGGAUGUGUGCUUUGGUAUUUUUGGACUCCUCGUUGUGGACCAAUGGUUGAUCUCUUGUACUUGAAAACUGGAGGUGUGCCGGUGUGUGUCACGCGGUUAUUGUAGUUCUACCUUUUAGGGGUUUGCUAUUUCGUUAGCAAGGUGGAAAAAAAUGACUGAAAAAGAAGUUGAAGAGUGGAA